UCGUCUUUGAGUAGGCGAUGCCCCAAGGCACUCGUCGUAUAGUUACUACUUACUAGUUAGUAUCGAAUCUCGUCCUUAGUCUUUAUAUCGUAUCGUAUUUAUCAGGUAUUUAUAAAAGUACUAAAAAAAUAAACGUUAAAAAUUUUAUUCAUCAUAAGCAGGAUUAAAACAAAACACCAGUUACAUUUCAAGAAUGACAUCAAGAGCAAAACCCUCCAAGAAAGAAACUUCAGGUGGCAAUGAAGAUUUUGAAGUUUUGGAUGUAAGAGAUAUGGGAAAAGAGGCAGAAAGUUUGUUGCAAUCUCUUCGCAAGUAUGUUAGUGAAGGAUCACAUUCAAAACAACUAGCUAUUGGUGGUGUCUCUGGAUGGGUCACUGGAUACAUGGCCAUGAAAAUAGGAAAGACUGUUGCAACUGCUGUAGGAGGUAGCCUGAUUCUCCUUCAGAUUGCUAACCACAAGGGUUACAUUAACAUCAACUGGUCCAAAGUUAAUAAGGAUUUAGAGGGUGCUACAAAAAAACUCGCACAACAGGGAUCAGAUCCUUCUAUUCCCAAGAUGCUUGACAAGGCUGCCGACUAUUUGGACGAACAAGCAGAAAAAGCUGGCCGAGUUCUCCGAAAGAGAACUGCAGGAACGCGCAGCUGGUACCAUAAACUCAUCGGCAAGAAAACAUCGGAUGGUUCCGAGGCCUUUUAUAUUGGUUUCAUCGGAGGUUCUCUGGCUGGAUUAUUUAUUGGAGUAAUUUUUUAAGCGUUAAUGAUUGAUGCAUAGACCUUAAAGACUCCAGCACUUGUAGAAAGAUGUAUUCAUGGACAAAAGUCAACAGACAAGAGAGAAAUAAAUCGCAUAAGGCCAUUCGGAGCAACAUU